AGGAUAGGAGACUAGGAAGGCGGGGCCUCAGUGGAGACCUCCCGGGGUCCCGGGACCCAGACGGACGGGCCUGAAGCUCUCGCCUUGCUGAAAUGGGAUCCAGCGCUGCCAACUGCGGCAACUGCGGUUAAAGGAGACGACCCCGUGCAGCAGGAGGAGGUUAUUUAGAAUAAGGAAGAAUGCGCCGGGCUCAUUGGUCACUCCAGGGGCAUAAAUGUCUUCUAUGAUUCGAGUAUGGCGGCUCCAGUCCCAGAUUCGGCUCGACCUACAGACCUCAGCGCAGAACGUGGACACCCUGCAAAGGAGGACAUUUCAGCCGACGGCAGAGAAUACAGAUUUAUGCCAGCGCCGAGCGGAAGGAGCCUCUGGCGGGGCAUCCCCAUUUAUGGGAGAUCGCAGAGUGGAUCCCAAGCCCAUAAGCGGGACAAACCAGUCGAGUGUCUCCGAGUUCCUCCUCCUGGGACUCUCCAGGCAGCCCCAGCAGCAGCAUCUCCUCUUCGUGCUCUUCCUCACCAUGUACCUGGCCACCGUCCUGGGGAACCUGCUCAUCAUUCUGGCCGUCAGCACAGACUCCCGCCUGCACACUCCCAUGUACUUCUUCCUCAGCAACCUGUCCUUUGUGGACAUCUGCUUCUCCUCCACCACCAUCCCCAAGAUGCUGGCCAAUCACAUACUCGGGACUCAGACCAUCUCCUUCUGUGGCUGUCUCACACAGAUGUAUUUCGUUUUCAUGUUUGUGGACAUGGACAAUUUCCUCCUAGCUGUGAUGGCCUAUGACCGCUUUGUUGCCGUGUGCCACCCCUUACAUUACACAGCAAAGAUGACCCAUCAGCUCUGUGCCCUGCUGGUUGCUGGAUCAUGGGUGGUUGCCAACCUGAAUGUCCUUCUGCACACCCUGCUGAUGGCUCGACUCUCAUUCUGUGCAGACAAUGCCAUCCCUCACUUCUUCUGUGACGUGACUCCCCUACUAAAACUCUCCUGCUCAGACACACACCUCAAUGAGGUCAUAAUCCUUAGUGAGGGUGCCCUGGUCAUGAUCACCCCAUUUCUUUGCAUCCUGGCUUCCUAUAUGCACAUCACCUGCACUGUCCUGAGGGUCCCAUCCACAAAGGGAAGGUGGAAAGCCUUCUCCACCUGUGGUUCUCACCUGGCUGUGGUUCUCCUGUUCUAUGGCACCAUCAUUGCUGUGUAUUUUAACCCUGUGUCCUCCCACUCAGCUGAGAAAGACACUACAGCUACUGUGUUGUAUACAGUGGUGACUCCCAUGCUAAACCCUUUCAUCUACAGCCUGAGGAACAGGUACUUGAAAGGGGCUCUGAGAAAAGUAGUUGGCAGGGUGGUGUUUUCUGUCUGAUGAAAUAACCAAGACUGAAUCUCAUUCCCAAGGAAAUUUAUUUUUCACCAAUUGAGUUUAAUGCAGUAGUUGUUUCAUUAAAUGAUAUUCUUGCUAGUGACACAUAGGGGGAGAUGUUAUUACUUAUACUAAGUUAAACUAUUAAUUAUAAUUUUUUUUUGAGAGAGGGUCAUGCUCUGUCACCCAGGCUGGAGUGCAGUGCCGCGAUCUUGGCUUGCUGCACCCUCCAUCUCCCAGGCUCAAGUCAUCCUCCUGCCUCAGCCUUCUGAGUAGCUGGGACCACAGGUGUGUGCCACAUGCCCAGCUAAUUUUUUUUUUUUUUUUGAGACGGAGUCUCGCUCUGUCGCCAGGCUGGAGUGCUGUUGUGGGAAGUCAGGGACCCCGAACGGAGGGACCAGCUGGAGCCGUGGCAGAGGAACAUAAAUUGUGAAGAUUUCAUUUUAAUAUGGAUAUAUAUCAGUUCCCAAAAUUAAUACUUUUAUAAUUUCUUACACCUGUCUUUACUUCAAUCUCUGAACAUAAGUUGUGAAGAUUUCAUGGACAUUUAUCAGUUCCCGAAAUUAAUACUUUUAUAAUUUCUCAUGCCUGUCUUUAAUCUCUUAACCCUGUUAUCUUCAUAAGCUGAGGAUGUAUAUCACCUCAGGACCACUGUGAUAAUUGUAUCUAACUAUACAAAUUGAUUAUAAAACAUGUAUGUUUGAACAAUAUGAAAUCAGUGCACCUUGAAAAAGAACAGAAUAACAGUGAUUUUAGGGAACAAGGGAAGACAACCAUAAGGUCUGACUGCCUGUGGGGUCGGGCAGAAUAGAGCUAUAUUUUUCUUCUUGCAGAGAGCCUAUAAAUGGACAUGCAAGUAGGGAAGAUAUCGCUGAAUUCUUUUCCUAGCAAGGAAUAUUAAUAAUUAAGACCUUGGGAAAGGAAUGCAUUCCUGGGGGGGAGGUCUAUAAACGGCUGCUCUGGGAGUGUCUGUCCUAUGUGUUUGAGAUAAGGACUGACAUAUGCCCUGGUCUCCGGCAGUACCCUCAGGCUUAUUAGUAUGGGGAAAAAACCCCACCCUGGUGAAUUUGAGGUCAGACAGUUUCUCUGCUCUUGAACCCUGUUUUCUGUUGUUUAAGAUCUUUUUCAAGACAAUACGUGCACAGCUGAACAUAGACCCUUAUCAGGAGGUUU